UACAGCAACAAGGAAAUAUUAACUGAAGAUAAAUGGACACAAGAGUAUUCUCAACCAGUUAAAUAGAGAUAAACUUCGCUAACUCAUGGCAGACGAUUUUGACGACUUCAUAGCAGACCUUGAUGACAACACUUUACAGAAUAGUGCUCUGUCACUGUCGAAGCUGUUAGCCUUAGAUGAUGACCACGAAGAUGGAGGAUUUGAAAAGCUGCUCGGAAAGCUUAAUGACAAGGAUUUGGAGGAUAUCAUUGAUCUGGAUACCCUGGAGCAGCUGGAGAAGGACUUCAUGGCAGAUGAUCGAGUCAGCAGUGGAGAUUCCCCUGAUCAACCUUCCUCUCCGCCUCUAAAAGUUCAAAAGAGGAAACAUUCCCCCGUACCUGAGCCUGGUGGAAAACGACCACCAAAAGGGAAGGGAAAGAGAGUUCCUGAAGAACCUAGCCCCAGAUUCAAAGAACCUGAAAAAUUCUACUGUAUCUGUCGACAGCCCCAAAAUAAUAGGUUCAUGAUAUGUUGUGACAGCUGUGAGGAGUGGUACCACGGGGAUUGUGUAGGUAUCAGUUUAGAGCGGGGUAGACAAAUGGAGAAGGCUUCUGAAGAUUACACCUGUGUCAAGUGCCAGAAAGCUAAAGAAAGGCCGACUCCUCAAGCUCACAUUCCUUCGUCAAUCCGCGAAAAGGCGAAGUCACUGAAGGUAGCUACAGUAGUCCCGACUAAACACUACAGUGCGGACGCCAAGUACAACAGAUUUGACACGUACGAUCAUGUGGACAGAUCUACCACGAAAUGUAAGAUAGAAGGAUGCCCAGAGUACGCUAUGAGGAACUCACCUUUCUGCUCAGAGAAAUGCGUCCUCAAGUUUGCUCAAGACAACAUGAAAGGCUCGACAACAACCAAGAUCAAAACCGAAUCAGCCGACAGACAAGAUAUUCGGGGUUAUGAAGAGAAGAAGUUGAGUCAACCCAACCCUCUCAGAUUGACAGUCAGAAAACAUUUGAAAACUCUUCUCUCCACCAGAGCGAAGGAAGCUACAGACCUGCUAGUAACAGAAGAUGAAAUAGUGAAGAUAGCUCAGAAUAUCGAGAUGUCGCUCUACAAGUUGUAUCCUGAUUGCGGGAGUCGCUACAAGGCUAAGUGCAAAGCCAUCUGCUUCAACAUCAGUGAUUCUAAAAAUGUGAAUUUGUAUCGCAACAUUUUGAGUGGCACGCUCUCCUCUGAGAAACUAGCCAAGAUGACACCUGAAGAAAUGAGUGUUCGAGUCAAAGCCAAACAGCUGCAGGUAAACCCGGCAUCCUCUACAGCUCCUCUUGACUCCUCUGUAAACAUCAUGGACAUGUUAGGUGACACGACCGCGCAGCACGGCACCCACGUGUUUGAUGUCAAGUGUAGGAAGUGCACUGGCAAAGUCGCUAAACAGAAGGAACCCAAACCUGCCCCUAAACCCAAUCCUGAGGCUGACCCAUAUGCAGCACCAGUUCCCGACAGACUAGCCUUGAGUGCCAAACCUCUCAAGGACCCCCUGGGCCUGAACCCCGCGCUUUGGAAAGGCUACAUCACCAUGACGUCACUGACCAAGUUCGCUACUUCCGGGUACCACGUGUAUGGUCCGCACGAGUCCUUGUUGUCAACGUUACCGGACACAUUGCACGUGCAGGGUAGGAUCGCUAACAACAUCGUGUGGGCCUACGUGGACAGACUCCGGAACAGUCCUGUGAAGGAGCUGAUAAUAUUGAAGUUUGAGAGUCAGAACGGAGAGGAGGUACAGGGAUAUAGUAAUCUCUUCCACUACCUUCAUACCAGAACCAGGUGUGGAGUGAUUGGUAACGUGACAGCUCCUGUAAGAGACAUGUACCUUGUCCCUCUCUCCGCUGAGGGCUCUAUCCCCCCUCAACUCAGACUGCUUGGCGUCUCCAGUAUCCCGAAGAAGAACCGGACCAACCUGAUCUUAGGUCUGAUCGUGGUGAAUAAGGUGGGAGCUAAGCGACCCCGAGAACUCCAGGUGGAGCCCCUGGACUCGGACAAGGAACCACCUCCCUCCUCACGGGACUCUGACACACCCGGGACCCUAGAGCACCUCUCCUCCUUCCCCACAGACGUGUCCCUACCCUUCAACCUGGGUGGUAUUAGUGGUGGUGGAGGUGAUGCAGCCGAGGAGGAUGAUGGUGCUAGCGAUGAUGACGGUAUAAAUGAUAUUGACUUGAUUUUACGAAACAACCUCCCUAUGCGGAGGAACUAUAAGACAAUAGACGGAGCCGCGCACUGCAGAGCAACCAUGUUCGACGAGGACGACUUCACCCUACCGGACACCAAACCAGUUGUCGUGCCCACCACACUCCCGUCAGAUAUGAUGUUUCCUCCAGCUACUGAUAACGCUCCUUACAAUGCCAUGGUGGACGGUAAACCAAUCCUAUCUCCCCUGACCCCUCUAGCACCGCCUUCUCUAAGUUUCCAUCCAGAUGAGGGAGCUCCACUUUCAGUUCCACCUGUUUAUAACACUGACUAC